AUGGAUGCACUCGAAGGCACUCCCAUCCGUGGACGGGAACAUAUAGGCGGCAACUUGGAAGAAAUGAUGUUGGAACAAGCGAAACAAAUCUCACAAAUGAAGUCUGAAAAUGAGCGCCUUAGGGACGACUACAAGAAAAUGAAGUAUGACUUUGAGAACAUGAGGAAGGCUACUGGAAAGCUGAGUACCGACUACGAGAACAUGAGAAAAGAGCACGAACAACUCAAGUCUAGCUUCCAGGAACAUCUCCAGGAAAGAGACAAACUUGAACUUCAACUGAACACCACGGAAAAAAGACUCCAAUAUCUGGAGGCUAUAUUAGCCUACAAAUAG